AACUAGCACCUAGGAGUCCAAGAAGGCCCUAACGCAGUGGGAUGAGAGAGGUUGCUGUGAUGCAGUCAAACACACACUUACAAUAUUGUCUUUAAUUCUUGCAACAACCCAGGAGGUAGGAGUUAUCAUCCCCAUCUUUCAGAUGAGGAAACUGAGGAGUCGGUCACGCAAUCAGGAGAAUUUGAACCCGUGUCUCUCAGGUCCCCAUAACUCAACCACUGAAGGAGAAUGAAGCUGAGAGAGACCAGGGCCCCCAGUAGGAAGGUGACAGCAGAUAGCCUCUGAGGGCGGGGCUGUGGCUUCUCUGAUCUCAGGCCCUUCUCCACCGCCCAGGCCCCGCCUCUACCCCUCCCCGGCACAGCCUGGAAGUGAGGAGUGAGAGCUCCUCCAAGGACACCCCUUCCACUUGGGGAGAAGAUCGUGCCCCCCAGAGGCUCUACCCAGCAGAGGACCCUCUCUUCCCUCCUCCUCAACACCCCUCCAGGGGCAGGGAGUGCCUCCACCUGCAUCUCCACCCUCCUGGCCCCAGGGCCCUGGAGCGGUCAAGCUGAGAUGACGGUCAAGCUGGAUUUCGAGGAGUGUCUUAAGGACUCGCCCCGCUUCCGAGCCUCUAUCGAGCUGGUGGAAACUGAAGUGUCGGAAUUGGAGACGCGGCUGGAAAAGUUGCUGUGGGUCAGGAGUCGGGCACAGCUGAGCGGGUCCUCUGCUCAAGGUCCCAGAGGCUGCAGCCAAGGUGCCGGCGGAGGCUGCAGUCCCCUCUGAAGCUCGGGGUUUUCUUCUGGCCUCACACGAUUGUUGGCAGCAUUCAGUUCCUCGCUAUUGCCUGGUUGAGGCCCUCAUCUCCUAGAGCUCCUCAAGCUGGGGAAUGGCCUCCUGGAGAGCGGGCGCCACUACCUUGCCGCCAGCCGCGCCUUCAUUGUUGGCAUUUGUGACCUGGCCCACCUGGGGCCCCCAGAGCCCAUGAUGGCGGAGUGUCUGGACAAAUUCACUCAGAGCCUGAGCCACAAGCUGGACAGCCACGCAGAGCUUCUAGAUGCCACCCAGCACACACUGCAGCAGCAAAUCCAAACCCUGGUCAAGGAAGGUCUCCGAGGCUUCCGAGAGGCUCGCAGGGAUUUCUGGAAGGGAGCUGAGAGCCUCGAGGCUGCUCUUAUCCACAAUGCAGAAGUCCCCAGGCGCCGGGCCCAGGAGGCCGAAGAGGCAGGAGCUGCUUUGAAGAUUGCUAGAGCUGGGUACCGAGGACGGGCACUGGAUUAUGCCCUGCAGAUCAACGUGAUUGAGGACAAGAGGAAGUUUGACAUCAUGGAGUUUGUGCUGCGUUUGGUGGAGGCCCAGGCUACCCAUUUCCAGCAGGGCCAUGAGGAGCUAAGCCAGCUGGCCCAGUACCGCAAGGAGCUGGGUGGCCAGUUACACCGGCUGGUCUUGAAUUCAGCUCGAGAGAAGAGGGACAUGGAGCAGAGACACGUGCUGCUGAAACAGAAGGAGCUGGGUGGGGAGGAGCCAGAGCCAAGCCUAAGGGAGGGGUCUGGUGGCCUGGUCAUGGAAGGACAUCUCUUCAAACGAGCCAGCAACGCAUUUAAGACCUGGAGCAGACGCUGGUUCACUAUUCAGAGCAACCAACUGGUUUAUCAGAAGAAGUACAAGGACCCUGUGACUGUGGUGGUGGAUGACCUGCGUCUCUGCACAGUGAAGCUCUGUCCCGACUCAGAAAGGCGGUUCUGCUUUGAGGUGGUGUCCCCCAGCAAGUCCUGCCUCCUGCAGGCUGACACAGAGCGCCUCGUACAGCUGUGGGUCAGUGCCGUGCAGAGCAGCAUCGCUACAGCCUUCAGCCAGGCUCGCCUUGAUGGUAGCCCCCGGGGUCCAGGCCAGGGCUCAGGACACCUGGCCAUGGGCUCCGCUGCCACCCUGGGCAGUGGCGGGUCCACCAGGGGAAGGGAGCCUGGCGGAGCAGGGCAUGUGGCAGCCCAGGUGCAGAGCGUGGACGGCAACGCCCAGUGCUGUGACUGCCGGGAGCCAGCCCCUGAGUGGGCCAGCAUCAACCUUGGAGUCACCCUCUGCAUUCAGUGCUCCGGCAUCCACAGGAGCCUUGGAGUUCAUUUCUCCAAAGUCCGGUCUCUGACCCUUGACUCGUGGGAGCCGGAACUUGUGAAGCUCAUGUGCCAGCUGGGAAACGUGGUCAUGAACCAGAUCUAUGAGGCCCGUGUGGAGGCCAUGGCAGUAAAGAAGCCAGGGCCCAGCUGCUCCCGGCAAGAGAAGGAGGCCUGGAUUCACGCCAAAUAUGUGGAGAAGAAGUUCCUGACCAAGCUUCCUGAGAUUCGAGGGCGAAGAGGUGGCCGGGGGCCCCCAAAGGGGCAGCCUCCUGUGCCCCCAAAGCCAGGGAACAUCAGGCCCCAGCCGGGAAGCUUCAGAUCCAAGCCAGAGCCAACCUCUGAUGACCUGGGCAGCCUGCACCCUGGGGCCUUGCUCUUUCGAGCUGCUGGACAUCCUCCAUCCCUUCCCACCAUGGCUGAUGCUCUCGCCCAUGGAGCCGAUGUCAACUGGGUCAACGGGGCUCAGGAGAAUGCCACACCGCUGAUCCAGGCCACAGCUGCUAAUUCUCUUCUAGCCUGUGAGUUUCUCCUCCAGAACGGGGCAAAUGUGAACCAAGCAGACAACCACGGUCGGGGCCCACUCCACCAUGCAACCAUUCUUGGCCACACCGGGCUGGCCUGCCUAUUCCUGAAACGGGGGGCCGAUUUGGGAGCUCGGGACUCCGAAGGCAGAGACCCCUUGACCAUCGCCAUGGAAACCACCAACGCUGACAUCGUCACUCUGCUACGGUUGGCAAAAAUGAGAGAAGCUGAAGCCGCCCAGGGCCAGGCUGGAGACGAAACGUAUCUGGACAUCUUCCGCGACUUCUCCCUCAUGGCAUCCGAUGACCCGGAGAAGCUGAGCCGGCGUAGUCAUGACCUCCACACACUUUGAUCCCAGGGCUUCGCGGGCCCCCACCGCCUGCGCCUACCCUCCCCACCGCCGGCCCCUUCACCAUUAAAGCCUUUGUGCUUUGCUCUUCCCUUCAAA